AUGAUCCUGAACCACUGCGCGCACGCCAGGAUCGUGGACGCCGGGAUCUGGCGCUCCUUCGCCGACGCGCUGCCGGACGUCUUCGUCGACCCGGACGCCCAGUCCGUCGGCAUCGCGGCGAACGCCCUCGGGCGCGCCUCCUGCCGGCACGCGGGGGCCCUGGAGGCGCUGGGCAGCUGGGCGCUGGCCAUGGCGUCGACCGGGGAGCUUGAUGGCCGGAACAUGGCGAUGCUGGUGAACGGCUUCUCCAAGGUGCGCGAGAACAACGCGCCGCUCAUGGAGGCGCUGGAGACGGGCCUGAUCGACCGCAUCGGCGAACUCAACGAGAUCGACAUCGCGACUGUGGCGAACGGCUACGCGCGGCUAUCGCUGGAGGCGCACCGCCUGUUCGACGCGCUGCGGACGCCCAUGCUCGACGCCGUGGGCAGGUGGAACAGCCGGCACAUCGCGAUGGUCGUGAACGCCUGCGCGCGCGUGAGGCGGCGCGACGAGGAGCUGCUGGGCCGCGCGGCGGAGGAGCUGCUGCGCCACUGCGGCAGCGGGCCCGUCUCCGAGGACGUGCUCCCCAGCAUCGUCCACGCGUAUGUGACGAGGUUGUCGCUCGGCCCGCCCGCCCUGGUCCGCACCGUAGAGUUCAGCCUGCCCCGCGUCGUGGCCAGGCUUCACAAGAACGACGUGGUGCUCACCGUCCCCGCGCUGGUGCACCUUCCGGAGCUGUGCGCCCCGCCCGAGUUCUGCGGGCCAGUGUUCGACCACUGCGCGUCCAUCCUCGGGCAGCUGACCUGCAACGCCGUGGUCGGCAUCCUUGGGGCCGCCGCCCACCUGCGCCACGGCUGCGCCCGCUUCUGGGCCUCAGCCCUCGGGCACUGCUCGGGCCGCGUGGCGGGGGGCGAGUGGGAGCCCAGGUACGUGGCUGCCCUGGCGCUGCUCGUCUGCGGCCUGCGGGGCGCCCCGUGCUGCCCCGUCGGAGACGACGACGUCGAGCGCCUCCUCCAGAGCAUCGCCCAGGACCUCGGCGCAGGCUCCGCAGCAGGCGGCCGCGCGCUCCGCUACGGCCCCGGCCCGGUCGCGGACCUGGCCCGCGCGCUGCCGCUCGCGGGCGGCCUCGCGCCCGCC